AUGGUCAGCAAAUUCGACAAAUUCAAAUCCGCCACCAAAUUCAAAUUUAUGGACGAAACAAUUACUAGGCCAUCAAAACAACAUAUUAAAGAAGAUGAGACUAGACAGCCGCCUUUUUGUAUUAAUUCUGAAAAGCAACAACAAAAUCAGAAUGGUCAGCAACCCCAACCAAUUCAAAAUCUUGACCAAGUUUUUUUUUGGCCAAUCCAAAACACCAAUCAAGGUUUUCAACCAAUUCAAAAUCCCGACCAACAACAUCAUCUUCCUCAACAACAACAAAAUUUCAACCAAGAUUAUGAUCAACCGAACUUAGAUCAACAACAAAAAAGUUAUGCUCAGCAAAUUCAACAACAACGAAUUCACCAAAUUCAAAAUUACAUCCUUCAAAGUUAUGAACAUUAUAAUCAAAAUAGAAACAACAGAAACCAUAUGAUUACUCCAACUCAAGUUUUAUCACAACAACCACAGAAACAACGACAAAUACCCUACGUUAAAGAAAACUCAUCUACGCCAUCACCUACAAUUUACAAUGAUUGCCUAAAUUUAAAUAUUCCUUCGUCCAAUAUUCAUUGUGGCAUCAAUAGUAAUGAUGGUGAUGACCCUUUAAUUUUAAGAAUUUCUGAUCGUUUGUUACUAAUUAAGGAUUAUAUUACAAAGAUGAAUCAACAAUAUGUUGAAUUGGAACAAGAUUUCAUUAAGUUAAGACGUAUAUAA